AUGGAUUCUGGACCAUUUAUUGACAUUAUUCCAAUAAUAUUAAACUAUUUAGAUUUGAAAAGUCUUGUUCAUUUAGCUAAAACAUGUUAUUUUUGGAAAGAACGUAUCUAUACAGAUGUUAAAUUAUGGCCAAAGGUGAUUGAAUUACCUUAUAUUGGUUGUAUGAAUAAUGAUGUAGGUAUACAUAAUGUUCUUGAAGAUGUGAUUGAGGCGAAAUUAUGGUCAAUGGUUCAACCACCAAAAGAUUCAAAAGCUUUGGAAAAAGUUCUAGAAAAAAUGGCAUCAUCUGAACAGAGUAUACAACGAUUUAAAUUGACCAAAAAGUUAAUGAUAACAAUUAAAUAA